GGAUAAACACGCGGGUAGUUAGGUGAUCUAGACAGAUGUGAGGUUUCUGCCUGUGCGACACCUCGACUUUUAAAGCUGCCCCAAACAAACAUGGCUCACGGUGAAAGGAAAGCGUAACGUUAGCCGCGCAGGACGCCGCCAUGGUUUUCCAGUAGUAAACAUGGCGACGAAGGGGGUCCGCCAGCGCAACAGACGGGGGAGCAAACAGGACGCCAACAACGUCAACAGCAGCUCAGUCGGCGGCGAAAACCGAGCGGCGAAGGACGAAAAGGCAGCUGACGAUGGAAAAUCCAGCGAAACACGGAACGAAUCUUUCCCAGAUAAGCACAUCACCCCUUAUGCCACACCCCUCUACCAUUUUAGGUCAUCUGGUAAAGCAGGCCAGGUGUGGGCCCCGGAAGGUUCCACAGCCUUCAAGUGCCUGGUGUCUGCCCGCUUCUGUGCUGCCCUACUCAGCAACAUCUCAGACUGUGAUGAAACCUUCAAUUAUUGGGAGCCGACACACUACCUGCUUUAUGGAAAAGGGAUGCAGACAUGGGAGUAUUCCCCAGCCUAUGCCAUUCGCUCUUAUGCUUACUUGUGGCUCCAUGCCCUUCCUGCUUGCUUUCAUGCCAAGAUACUGCAGACCAACAAGGUCCUUGUGUUUUACUUUCUCCGCUGCGUGUUGGCAUUCACUUGUUGCGUCUGUGAGCUCUACUUCUACAAGGCAGUAUGCAAGAAGUUUGGUCUGCAUGUUGGCCGCCUCAUGCUUGCCUUCCUGGUCCUGAGCGCAGGGAUGUUCUGCUCUUCUGCAGCUUUCCUGCCCAGCACUUUCUGCAUGUACAGCACAGUGGUUGCUAUGACUGGCUGGUUCCUAGGGCGACCCAGUUUGGCUAUACUGGGUGUAGCAGCAGGGGCAAUUGUGGGCUGGCCCUUCAGUGCUCUGCUGGGGAUACCCAUUGCUUUCGACCUCCUCUUGCUGAAGAAGAAGUGGAAAAGUUUCAUUACAUGGACGCUUGUAGCCCUGGUGCUCUUUCUGGUCCCUGUAGUUGUAGUGGAUAGUUAUUACUAUGGAAAGCUGGUGGUGGCACCUCUUAAUAUAAUACUGUACAACGUCUUCACUCCUCAUGGGCCGGAUCUCUAUGGCACUGAACCUUGGCACUACUACUUUGUGAAUGGUUUCCUCAACUUUAACAUUGUGUUUGUGUUGGCCUUGUUUUCGCUUCCCCUCACGGCUCUAAUGGAGGCCCUGCUUCAGAGGUUUAAUGUGCAGAACCUUGGCCGUCCCUAUUGGCUCACACUGUCUCCCAUGUACCUCUGGAUGCUGGUUUUCUUCACUCGUCCCCACAAGGAGGAGCGCUUCCUGUUUCCCAUCUACCCCCUCAUCUGUCUGUGUGGGGCCGUGGCACUUUCCUCUCUCCAGAAGUGCUAUCACUUCAUGUUCCAGCGUUAUCGUCUGGAACACUAUACCAUUUCCUCCAACUGGCUGGCUCUGGGUUCUGUGAUUCUGUUCGCUGUGCUCUCUCUCUCGCGCUCGGUGUCUCUCUUCCGAGGUUAUCAUGCUCCUCUGGACUUGUAUCCUGAGUUUCACCGCAUAGCCAAAGACCCAGCCAUCCACACAGUGCCUGAGGGCAGGCCGGUCAGUGUGUGUGUGGGGAAGGAGUGGUACCGUUUCCCCAGCAGCUUCCUGCUGCCCAACAACUGGCAACUACAGUUCAUCCAGUCAGAGUUCCGGGGGCAGCUGCCCAAGCCUUAUGCCUCAGGACCUGAUGCCACACAGAUCCUGCCAACAGACAUGAACGACCAGAAUCUAGAAGAGCCUUCCAGAUAUGUGGAUCUGAAGCACUGUCACUAUCUGGUAGACUUGGCGACAGACAUGGAAGCUCCUCGAGAGCCAUGCUACGCAGCUAACAAAGACGAGUGGAGCGUCAUUGCAGAAAAACCUUUUCUGGAUGCUUCAAAAUCGUCCAGGUUCUUCAGGGCGUUCUUCAUUCCGUUCCUGUCCGAGCACCACACUACCUACAGCAGAUAUGUCAUCCUCAAGCCCCGGCGGGUGAAACAUGGCAGAAGAAGAACGCAGCCCUGAUGCUUCAUUUAUUUAUUUAUUUUUUGAUGAUUGCAUCCCUUCUUUGCUUCUUCUGUUUUCCACACUAAGCCUCUGACGAGACCCUCUGUCUGAACUCUGUAUGAGAGCAAGUGUGCAAGAGUAAGAGAGAAAGCUUGCAGUGUCUGUUUGUAUUAUGACCAAUUUGACUGUUCCCAUCCAUUGUAACAACCCAGGCCACCUGUCAGUUGCAGCACGGAAGCUUAAGCCAUUUGCCCCUCGCUGGCCCUUAUGUAGACCCAUGCAUUCCAUGGCUUUUCUCCAGCCCCUUACUUUGCUAUGUCCCACAUAGUGCAUUACUGCAGAUAUAGACCGCUCUCCAGCCUCUUUGUACCUUUAUAACAGAAAGACACUCUGUUCAGCAACCCCUUUAAGGACCACAAGUCCCUUCUUCGCCAGCGUCCUGUGUAUUUGUCCUCAUGCUCUCUCGACCUGGUUUUGGACAAUGAACUUCACUCAGCCCCAGGUCACAGUUAAUGUCAUCCGUUGUCUUGUUGCGAUGUGGAGUAUACAUGGAAUCUACUGAUUGCUUGUCUUGUGCGUAUGGCCCAGGUUCUCCCCCUUUUGCAGCUUCUUCAGCAGAAGAACUGGCACUAAAAACUGUGUCUAGUUCCGCCAGUUGCUCUAUCUGUGAAAGUACAUAAACUGGUAGGAUGGUUGGUGGACCAGGGCGUGUUAAUUGAGUGUUGAUGUGUGGUCAUGUCCUCAGAACAGUCAUCUCAGUGUUAACUGUUUGAUGGAAUCAAAUAAAAAGUGUGGAACAGAGA